AAUACUCUUCAGGGUUACCCAUUGCUAUCACUCCAAGCUUACUUCAAAGUACUUGCAUGAAAAAGAAAUCACCCCUUUAAGUCGAACUUUCCCAUUUUCUUCUUUAUUCGGUCUCUGACUCGAUGGGUGUGUACAUGCGUGAACGUGCAUGUGUCACUGUGCAUGCAUAUGCACUGUUAUUAUUCUGAAACAGAUCAGAGGUCGUCUAUAGUGAAGUUCAUCAUCGAAUGUGAAUAUAAUCACACGGUCCCGAGUUUCGUUAAAAGUGUCGUGAGUAAUCUCCGUAAUCUCCUUGGUGAUGAGAGUAUCCACGCCGACAGUGUACACGGGGAGAGUGGAGACACGGCGGUGUUAGUACAGAUGUCUGCCAAGGCUCAUGCAAGGCUCUGGGAGUUCUGUAAGGAUCAAUCUAGCCUGCUCGCUGGUCUGCACAUUCUCGAAGUGUCAACUGUGGACGCAGCAGUAGUCUUCAAUUUGCGUCCCACGGCAUGCAGUGACGAAGGUAUUAAUCCUGACGACCAGAAGCGCUUGGUUGAAGAGUUCUCCGGGAGAUUUCCGUCCUUGGACCAGGAUGAGCUGUCUGUCGCUGUGGCUGACCAACCGGAUGUUGAGCGUGCAGUGAUUGCACUGACCAAGCUCGUCUUCGAUGAAGGCGAAGCAUGCUUGAAUGCACUGCCUGAGAUUCUUGGUGGUGUGUCGGCAAGAAAGACAACUUCUAUCCCUGCUCACGUUCACCGUGUAGCGGCAAGAAAGGCAACUUCGACCUCUGCUCACGUUGAUCAUCCUGAAGAGGCCAUUUCAACCCAUGUCUCUGCCAAUUCUGAACACGCAGUAGAAAUCCAGGGAGCUGACAAUGAGCUGUCUCUCCGGCCGCAACUUAAGUCCCAGUGGUCUUUUCGUGGCCGUCUACCUGGUAGCUGGAACGGUUUUCAUCGUUGUACCAUGUACAAUGGGCAUGCUUACAUUGUGUGCCAGGAAGAGGAGGAAGGACCAAUGAUCUACCGGUCUACUCAUUCUCUCAAGGAAAGUCUUCAGGUGGCAUGGACAAGAGUAAUCGCCAUUGACAACCCACACUUUCGGUCAUGCAGGAAUUUUUGCAUUCACAAUGAAAAAAUGUACUUUGCAAGUACAAGUAUCAGUGAUAGGUAUAUCCCUAAGAUCCAUGUUGUAGAUCUACAGGGAAACUGUGGUGCUAGAGAAAUACAAUGUGAUUGUAUCCCAGUACAAGAUACGAGUAUGAAUACAUCUUUCAAGCCUUUUGCGGAUGUAUUUAUAACCCAGUCAGCGCUUCUAAUAGUAUGCUUAUGGUGCAAUCAUUUCUUAGAAGUUAUUUCAUUAGAUACCAGACAUGAUGGUGCAGUAUGGGCAAAAUUGGACCCGCUCAGCAUGCCGGAGCCGCCGGCCAGCAUCCGCAGCACUGACAGUACUCUGUUUGUGAUAUCAAGGAGCGACCGCAAUGGUGCGCAUUUGUCAAUCAUGAAGUUGGAUGUAAGUGAGGAAAGUCUGCGAAUGCCAUCAUGGCUCGAGAUCAAAGUGGACGUGCCUAAGACUCUUGAUCUAUUACAUUGUGAUGUAGUUGCUGCUGUGGGUAACACUAUAAUGUUACCCGUGCACUAUAGAGAUGAUGAUGAUAGAUGGGUCGGUGGUGUGAUGUGUGUUGAUUGUAGUACGUGUAUAGGCCGGCGUUCUGUCUUGUCAUCCAGUACAUCCAUUACAUGGCAGUUGAUGGUGGAUGGCGAUACACUUAUUGCACUCGAUUUUGAUCACUUAGUGUCUACUCUUCAGCUACCCGACCAUUUGUAAACGCCAGUGAUCGAUCGGCUUCUACAUGCAUGUAUGCCAAGGCGGUGUACAACGUAGAUAUUCUGCUGCGGCUAGGUCAUGUGAUAGACAACUGGUGCACACUGUGUGUGUUUUUGUGAUCCUGCUUUUUUUGUUUGCACAUGCAUACCCUGUUCUGCUGGGGACCCAUAUGCAUGAUGUGUUUGGUGUCCAGUUCUUUCAGGCCAUCAUUCUACAUAGGCACUGUCCUGAAAUGCUUAUUGUCUAUGUACAUAUUAUACAUUGGGUUGGAGGCAUAUUAUGAUUAUAUAGAUAUUAUGUAUAUAGAAUGCUGUCCAUGGAUUGGAUAUGAUGUAUUAUAUACAUAGAAUAUUAGUUCUAAAACUCAACAGCUCUCUACACAUACAUACUCAUUAUAACUGUGUACAUAAUAGUCUUUUUUUGUCAGUGAUUGACAAAACCCCAGAGGUUGAAUUGGUCAGCAGCCACAUUACUUCCUUCCUAGAAAUUGAAGAACUGA